UCAGAAUGGUGGAUUAGGUCCAAAGUAAACCAUAGAGGCUUCCCCCAAAACAGAAAUCCAGACUUCUAAAGGGAGGUUCAUGUCAAACCAGAUGUUUUGUGGAUCAGAGUCACAUGUGUACAUGUUCUGUCCAGGACAAAGACUCUCCCAGACUAACUCUCUGCAAUUUUGUGAAUGGGAUCAUAACAGAUUCUCAUUGUGUCCUUAAAAACCUGCCAAACGGCAAGUGGCGGGCCUCGUCUGUGGAGCGUGCCUUCCCCUCCAUAUUGGCUUACACAGAAUCUGCAUUAUUUAUCACCUCACGGGUUUCACAGAACGCUCCAGAAUCAGCCUCCCCAUUGAGACAAGCGACAAAAGGGAGGCACAGGAGUAGAGGUCAAAAUGUUCGCCGCCGCCACGAAAAACUUUGUGAAACAGGUUGGAGACACGGGGAGGCUGAUCCCUGUUCCCAGCCUGAGCGAGGCCGACCACUACCAGCCCCUCAGCCUGGUCACCAGGAAGAGGAAGAAGCACUUUUGGCAGAAGAACAAGUUCUCCUCCACAUCUUUCUCACUCAAAGAUAUCCUCGUUGGGGAAAAGGAGAUUACCGCAGGGGUUUCUUCUUAUCAGCUUCUCAACUAUGAGGACAAAUCGGACGUGGCGCUCAACGGCCGAUUGGGAAACCACCUUAUGAACGACGUGGGGUUCAACAUCAGCGGUUCAGACUCGGUGGCAGUCAAAGCCUCGUUCGGCAUCGUGACCAAACAUGAGCUGGAGGUGCCGACUUUACUGCGGGAACUGAAUUCCAGAAAAGUGGACCUGGAUCACUGCCUCGUUCGUCAGUCCAGAGGAAGUGGACGUAGUGUUCUGUGUGUGGUUGUUGAGAGCAUUCGUACCACACGUCAGUGUUCUCUGACUGUCCAUGCUGGCAUGAGAGGGACGACCAUGAGGUUUCAGAUCGACGAUGGCAGAAUCCCUAAAGGUCGUGACAAAGCUAUCAUCAUUCCAGCUCACACCACCAUCGCCUUCAGCAUCUGUGAGCUGUUCUUUCGUCUGGAUGGACGUCUUGAUAUUUGUGUAGCCCCAGAGUCUCAGGGGGGGUUUGAGCGCGAGCAGAUCCUUUUCUUCUUAUAUUUUCACAAUUUGUCCUCGACUCACCCCAAACUUUCCUGUUUAGACGAUCGGACCUUCGAGGAGCUCACGCACUCGGACACCUACAUGGACGACAUGGUGACCGACUACUAUGAAAAAGCCGCCAGCAUGACGGAUGUGUCCACGGCCUACCUGAGGGAAAGCUCUCACACGCGGGUGAACCUCCUCAAGCACAACAUCCCCAAAGGGCCCUGCGCGCUGUGCGGCAUGGGCAACCAGAAGAGGGAGACGGUCUACGGCUGUCUGGAGUGCUCCUCCGGCGCCCAGAAAUACGUCCGGUUGCACGUGGUGCCCUGUUUUGACCUUUGGCAUAAAACCCUGAGGUGAAAAAGACUUGAAAAAGUCGGCUGAGCGAACGACUACGCAUCGUCACGCCACACCACGACUCUGACAGCUGAAUUUUUCACAAUUAAAAAGUGCUGCCGUCUGUUUGAGGCAUUGAGGCGGAUAGUCUUGGGUUUACUUUUGGCAGGACGCCAUUUUCCACACGUGCUGCCCUGUGAACUGUAGCUACUAGGUCAUAAAUGAUUCAAAAGGGGGAACUUUGACGAAUGACGGGCUCCUCACCGUUCCAAAUGGGUCACUAAAGCAAGGAAGUCCUUUUCACUGAGUCUGAAUGAAGUUUUUUAACUUUUUGAAUAUUUAGUGAAAUCACAUCUGACAUGAAGAGUUGUCUAUUUAACAUAUUGAAAAGGUAAAGUUUACAAAAAGUUUUUUUUUAAGCAAACGUCACAUAACAUUAAAAAACAACUUGUACUAGCCUUAACAUUUAU